UAGCCAAAUGGACGGACGGACCCACAAUGCAUUCGCGAGCGCCCCAUGCAAGGUCAAUGAGAUCCGCCGACGUACGGGGGUAGUGUGAACAAGCCCUUACAAUAGCUUCAAAAAACAAGUGAAGCGACACAUGUGAUGGAAAAUCUACAUGUUACGUUUUUCUUCAUGAAUUUAGGUUUGGUUUGGGCCUGUUUUCCUUGACCCCCUGGAGCGCAGAGAAGCAAAAGGUGGCGUGCCCCACUCGGCCACCGCUGAUCUUUUAAGCGCCAACAGCCAGCAGUACGUGCAACUUCAAGUAGUGCUGUGCUGUGGUCCUGUUGCAGUAUACCCUACUGUGCUGUCUCCAUCCCCUGCAGACUUACCUUACACGGACCCGGGACUCCGGCGCCCAGCACGCAACGAGGACGCACGCACCGACCGGGCCGUUUUACCAGCUCAGAGAUGUUUGCAAAAGCUACUGCAAAUUUUUUAGAGGAAGUGGAUCCCACCGGCAAUCUGAUUCCAGUAUCCAGUUGCAAUGACUCUUUUAAUGUUUUGUCAAUCGUGAGGAAGCAAAAGGGUGGAUGGCUGUUUCAGAAAACCAAAUAUGUUGCCACUGGUUUUACCCUUAAUGACAUCUUACGCGGUGACACCCUGAUACAGCCAGCUGUCACACUGACAGAAUUCGCAAACUACACUCAAAGUGGGAGCGAAAAAUCCCAGGCAGGCUUGGAGGCCAACUUGCAUCCUGAACUUGCCAAACUGGAAGUGGAACAUAAAGGCACUUCAAAGCACAACAUUUCCUUUGGCAGUUUGAAGAAAGAAGAUCUAAAUUUGCCGCAGCUAAUUAAAGAUUCCAAAGGCAGGUUCCUCGACAUGCAUCACAGCCUGAUCAAGCAGGCUCGAGAGAAAGAUGGGGUGUUUGGACUCGUGACGCAGAAGAUUGUGACGACUCAGACAUCAACAAUUAGUCAGGGUGAAGAACUGGCAAACAGUCUAGGAGGCCAGAUUAGGCACAUGGUCCUUAAGAUGUGCCUUAAAGCGAAUGCAAGCUUAACCAAAGGAAGAUCUUUGGAACUGACUAUACAACCACAUACGACCAUCGCUUACAAGCAAUAUGUACUAAGAAUGAAACCCAAAGGAGACUUUGGCCUGGAUUUCCUGUCUGAGAAAUCUUCUGUGACGUUCCAGACAGAUGACUGGUACCCACCCGGCUGUACCUGGCUAACAGAGGAAGUGGCCACGCUGAGUCGUAACUUUGCACUGCUUUCGGGUCUCAAAGCAUCUAUCAGGACCUCUCUGCUCCAGCACCUCAUUUCUGUCAUGAUGCAGUGCGGGGCAGUCCAUCUACUGGAGAGGGUGCUAAGCCAGAUGCUCGAUGGCAAACGCCCCUCUCUGGACUGUGUUGAGAUAGAGCCUCAGAGACAGGCCCUCCAGGUCAUGCUGGAUGUCCUGUCUGACGAAGACAAUGGACUGGAGACGGAGGACUCCAGCAGUCCUCUCGGUGCAUUUCACCUCGUUACCAGCGCCCUGGCUGAAAUGCCGGAUGACGGUCUUGCUGUCCUGAUGUCGAGCUGCACUCCCCGAGUGCUGAGAUCCCUGGCGCUCCUGGUGCAGUGUGUGAUCGAAAAUGGGGAGAUGUCUCUGAGCAGUGAUGACCUCGCUCCCCUGACCGGGGAGACCUUCCAGUUGACAGAGCUGCUGUUCAGCUCCUGUGGAGUGGAGCUGCAGAGAGACGGAGACGUGCUGAAGACGAAGCUCAGCGAGAGCUACCAGCCGCGGCCACUUGUCCUCUGCUUGGCCAUAAAAGGCCUUGCUUCCAUGGCCAACUGUUAAAUAGGGACAGGAAAAGCCAGGGUGCUCACAAUAUGAUAUCUCAAAGGUUUUUGAGCACCAAUAUUAUAUGGAUUGCGGUUCUAUAUUGCGAAAAAAUGAUAUUCCUUUUUUUGGUGAAAUGUUAUCUUUUGUUCCUGGCCUACUAUUCUUUCUUCAAAAAAAUUGGUUUGUGUCAACCUAACAAUAAGUAUUGCAGAAGGAAAGAAUUUAUAUUCUUACAUGAUUUAUUCUGUUUUUUUCACAAUGAAGGAUGUACAAUGAAGGAUGUACAUUUUCUAUUGUAUUGUGUACAAUUGUGUAUUGAUUGUGUUUUACCUUAUCAAUCCCAUUGCCUUUAAAUCAACAACCUUAUUAAUACACACAACAACAAUACAAUCCAUAAAUAAACAUAAACAACCCUUUUUUAAAAUAUGCUUCUUAAACCAUUAUUAAACUCCUCUUUCUUAUGAAAUAAAUCGGUUUUCCCUCAGCUUGCCUUGUUUCUGAUUC